AUGCCCCACCCCCUCAUGACUCCGGUGCCAGCGGGGCACCAGGUACUUAUUUGGUACCCUCAGGCUGAGAGGUCAUCCCUGAGGCCUCCCUCUUUUGUCUCAACAGGCUUUGAGGGUCAGUUUUCUGCUCCUCGGAGUGGGCUGGGAGCCAGCCAUGCUGGGCCUGUCCUCACUUGCUCUUCCUGGUGGAGCCGACAAACUCCCUCCCUCUUGCGGCUCUCAGUGGAGGCUGUCACCCGAGGAGAAACUAAGGCACAAGAGAUGGCACUUGGAAACCUUGUGGCUGUGAUCUGGGGCGUGUGUGGGAAAGAUGGCCAUCCUUUGGAAACAGGGAUAUCGGCUGUCCUCUCUGGCCAGUGA